CAAGCAAGACUUCAUUAAUGGGACCCCUUGUACAAUUUUUUCCUAUUCUACCAAGAAGACUAAGUGUUUCGGCCAUGCCACAAUGGUUAUAAUUCUGAUUUUGUUGUUCCUGAGUUUCUUGGGCCCCAGUGAGCAGAAUUAUUUUUCUGGCAGACUGGAUCGCACACCAAAGGCUCCUUGUGCCACGGGCCAGUCGUGUGACCCAAGGCUGCGCAGAGAUGCUGGGGGACGCGGCGGAGUCUAUGAGCACCUCGGGGGAGCACCAAGACGCAGAAAGCUGUACUGUGCCACAAAGUACCAUCUCCAGAUUCACCCAAACGGGAAAAUUGACGGGACGCUUGAUAAGAACAGUCCCUACAGCAUUUUAGAAAUCACUGCUGUGGAUGUCGGAGUGGUGGCUAUAAAGGGGCUGUUUUCGGGCAGAUAUCUUGCCAUGAACAAAAGAGGACGCCUUUAUGCCUCGGACGCGUAUAGCGACGAAUGCGAGUUUGUGGAAAGAAUUCACGAACUGGGUUAUAACACCUACGCUUCACGCCCCUACCGGACGGUGCCAAACGCGGCGUCUGGGGUAAAACGACGAGCCAGUGCUGAAAGACUAUGGUACAUGUCUAUUAACGGCAAAGGGAGACCAAGGAGAGGUUUCAAAACACGUAGAACACAAAAGUCCUCUCUGUUUCUACCCAGAGUGCUGGACAACAAGGACCACGAAAUGGUACGGUUAUUCCACGCAAAACACAGGGAGAGCAUGCAGAAAACUUCAAACAAGAACGGACGGAGCAGACGUGGGCAUUAAAUCGCUCUUUUUUUGUUAAAGAACUUCAAGAAACUAUAGACUGAUACUACAGAACUAAGUUAAUGUGACCAAAAUCAACACUGCUGGAUUUGUCUACUUUUUAUAUAAAAUGCAUUUAUUUGUAGAAGGUUUUUU